UCCUCUCAUUCGCACUUCAGUUUAGCUUUCAAAGCAGAUGUGGGCAUUACUUAUACAGAAAUAAUGCCACUCCGUCAGAAUUUAAUAUUCUUCAUUCUUGUGAUGGUGGGGAUGCUAUUCAGUGGGGUCCUGUACCUGGGCUACAUCUCCAACCAGGACAGUUGCAGAAAACAACAGCAACAACAACAACAACAACAACAACAACAACAACAACAGCAGCAAGAGCAAGAACAACAACAGCAACGACUAACUGAACCAGUUGCUGUCAAGACAGAGGUGAAGCAGAAGAAACUGGGAUUGCGCUUAUCACCAGGGUUUGUGUACAAUCAACCCAGUGUCCUGGUGGGUCGGACAGAUGUUGCUUCUGUGACACCAUGGUUGGCCCCAAUUAUUUGGGAGGGAACUUUUGAUCCCACACUGAUUGACUCUCUGCACAAUCAACAAAACAUCACCAUAGCAACCACAGUGUUUGCAUUGGGAAAAUAUACACGUUUUCUUAAAGAGUUUCUGGAGUCAGCAGAGCAACAUUAUUUUGUUGGUUUUCGAGUUCAUUACUACCUGUUUACAGAUCAACCAGAAAAGGUUCCCGAAGUAAAGCUAGGUGAUGAACAUCGUCUAACAGUACGGAAAGUCCCGAGUUUGAACAGGUGGCAGGACAUCAGUAUGGGCAGAAUGCAAAUAUUGGAAGAACUAACUAAGAACGAACUGGCCGAUGAGGCUGACUACAUUUUCUGCCUUGAUGUGGAUACAAAGUUCUAUGGCCGCUGGGGUGUGGAGACUUUAGGUCGUCUAGUAGCUGUGAUACACCCUUGGUUCUAUGAUUACCCACGGGAUAAAUUCACAUAUGAACGAAGACCAGAGUCACAAGCAUUUAUUCCAGUUGGGGAAGGUGAUUAUUAUUACACAGCUGCUGCGUUUGGUGGCUUUUUAAAUGAAGUACAUGAACUCACCAAAGCCUGCCACGAACAGCAGGGCAUUGAUGCUGCAAAGUCCAUUGAGGCAAUAUGGCAUGACGAAUCUCAUUUGAACAAGUACUUACUUUUAAACAAACCCAGUAAGUUGCUCUCACCUGAAUAUCUGUGGCGGGACAUCAAUGCCCAAACGUACCAAGUGAGAGUCAUUCGCUUCUCUCAUGUGGUUAAAAACAAUGCAGAAGUUCGCCCAAAUUUAUAGCAACUGUUGCCAUUGGCAACAUUCAGCCACAUGGACAUCCUUUGACCUCGCAGUCCUCCACAAAUACAUUGCGAAUCUCAGAUAUGUCAACACAUA